AUGAUGUUAUCUCUUGGGCAACUCAGACCCAAAGGGCUAUCGCGCCAACUGUUCAUUUGCAUGCACAAGCCCAGUGCUUAUGUUUUGCAGACAGGCCGACCUGCAAGCCUCUCUGCUAUCCACCGAGGAGUGCGGCGAUCGGAGAGAGUCCAGUUUGGAGACCGAUCCAGAGAUCGAGACUCUUCAUUCAAUGGAAGAAGCGGUGGGCUAACCAGAAAGGCGCUCGAAGGUGCAGCAUCCCCUCGACAGCAGCAGAAACUACGCAAGAAACUUGGUCGCAAGGCAUUCGAGGAUGAAGAGGAGGAGUCCGGCAAACAGACAAGGCGCAAGCGCUUUCUCAAUCCUGAGUUCGAAUAUGGGAAGAAAAGCUUGGUUUAUCAACUUAAGCAUGGCGCAUUGAAAGAUCAAGCUGCUGCCCUUGUUCAAGAGCCAGUACGACCACUACCCUUUCAGAGGCUGGAAGGCAGCCCUCGGCGCAGAACUGAAUCCUCUUGGUCUACAGAGCGUCGACCUACAGAGCGUCGGUCUACAGAGCGUCGGCCUACAGACCAUUGGCCUACAGAGCGUUCGGAACGGCCACGGCCAUCUAUUCAGAGCCAAGUUGAUCGCACGGGUGACUUUCAUGGAGAUGUAGAAUCAGCGCUGCCUCGUGAGAGGAGAAAUCAGAUGAUGUCCAUGAACAUCAAAUACACGACCGCCGCUUCGCAAUUUCUGUACGGCAAAUCGGUCGUGAAAGCCGCACUUGAGCAAGGAAGACGGAAAUUGUAUAAACUCUUCAUAUAUGGAGGCGAAAACCGAAAAGAUUCAAAGGACAAUGCGAUUAUAACUCGAUUAGCGGAGAGACAGGGCGUCCCGAUCACGAUCAUCCCAAACGCGGACCAGAGAUUAAUGGACAAGAUGAGCAUGGGCCGGCCGCACAACGGCUUUGUUCUGGAGACGUCGCCGCUGCCGCGAUUACCGGUGAAGGCAUUAAGCAGACUCGAAGAAACGCCGGGAAAACUAGGAUUUCAUGUCGAACUAGACUAUCAAUCCAAAGAAGAGGAAGCGAUCAACGGCCAAGAUACGUUUAUACCUCGAAAGAACGACAACGCGCCAAAGCCCUUUGUUCUUCUGCUCAAUGAAAUUCUGGAUCCAGGCAACUUGGGAGGCAUUCUACGAACAGCAAGCUAUCUGGGUGUCGACGCAGUGGGCAUCACAAAUCGCAGCUCAUCCACCUUGACUCCUGUUGUACUCAAAUCUGCGGCCGGUGCCGUGGAAGAGAUUACGAUAUUCAGCGUGGAUUCACCCGUUAGCUUUAUAGAGGAAUCUAAAAAAGCAGGAUGGAAGACAUACGCUGCCGUCGCGCCGCCCGACCCCAAACUCAUGCAAAGACACGACAAAUUCAUCUCCACGGCCAACGUUGAGGCAGAACAGCCGCUGGCCAGUCAUCCUUGCAUACUGGUCUUGGGCAACGAAGGAUAUGGCCUGUCUAAACCAAUCAAGGUAGCAGCCGAUUAUGAGCUGUCAGUGCCAUACUUUAUGCGCAACAGCAGCGUGGACAGCCUGAAUGUCAGUGUUGCUGCCGGCUUGUUAUGCCAUUCCUUUGUGAGGACGCCGGCUGUUACAGCAUCAACGCCCACCAAGACUCAGCAAGAGACACCAUCGCAUCCUGAACUGGAAACCGGAAAAGAAGAGAGGGAAACCAUGUUUUGA